AUGCAGAGCCGGUGCAAUAUUUGGCUUACAUUACAAGCCGUGCCUAUAGUGUUUUUUUGGUUUUUUGCAGGUUCCCAUGACUAUGGCUUGCAUGGUAUACUACAAGUAGCGUUUCUUGUACGUGAUGAUUCGGAGCUUAGUAAAAGACUCGAUAUCAGACUGAAAUCCACGAUGCCCGCGAUGCAUGAAUGGCCUUGUGUAUCGGAGAAUACAUACCAGAUAAGAAGCGUUGCAUGUUCCUACUUACCAUGUGAGAUACGGUGUUGUUCUGUAGAAAGGCCGAAUAACAAGGCCAUGAGCAUAUCCGAUCACAUCGAUGAACAAAUAUUUCUCAGAUCCCAGUGUAUUGUCCUGCUGACACGACUUUCCUUCCCCUGCUUAUCAGCAAUACCGGUCAAAGCCGGGGCCUGGGUCAAAAAAGACAUUGAAAGAUGCGGAGCAACGCAGCCCAAAUGA